AUGUUUGCGGUGCAAAUGAACGUAUCAAUUAUCUUGAAUAUCAUUCUGGAACAAUAUUUCGACUAUCAACGGUGUUUGAUGAUAGUAAAGGACCAAGAGAGCAACUUAACCUACAAAGGAAAACACCAAAUAGUCGAAAUCUCGAUAGACGACAAUUUUUAUUACAAUUCCAGCCUUAUAGAUGAAAUUAUCCACAAGUUUGAAUUUGGUUGCGGAGGAUUUGUUAUAGAUACCGAAAAACCUGCCGAAAUGUUCGAAUAUAUAGAGGAACAAAUAAGACUGAGUUUCGUAAGGUACAAUAGGAGAAGGUACAUCAUCAACGUUAGGAAAAAUAUUGAAAAUUUCAAAGAAAUGUUUGGUAAUGUUCCCGGUCUUCGUUUCGUCUCUGAUUUGCUUUUUCUUGUCGAGUUGAAUUCGCAUAAAUUUCAACUUUGGUCGUUUGACUUCUUGGGCGAUGAAGAUUCAAUCAGAUUCAAACUGGUGGAUACUUGGAUGACCAAAAAUAACGCUUUUCGCCAUGGGAAUAAUCUUUAUCCUGACAAAUUUCAGAAUCAACAUGGAAGGGUCUUGAGAUUGGCAUGUUUUUAUUACCCGCCUUAUACGAAUUGUGGAAAUCAAACUCAAAUCAUAGGAUACUUCGGAACAGAAUUGGUUCUAGCCAUCGAAUUUGCCAAACUGCACAAUAUGACACCAAAAUUCGUAUACAACAAGAUAGAAAAAGAGUUAUGGGGCACACUUCACCCCAAUUGGACAGGACUUGGACUCAUGGGAAUAGCAGUGAGAGACGAAGCAGAUAUAGCGUUUACUGCCUUUUUCAUUUGGGAAUUUGUCAACCAAUAUCUGGAUAUGACGAUACCUUACCUAAGGAGUGGAAUCACUUGUCUGGUUCCAAAACCAGACAUACUGGAUGGAUGGGUUACCCCGUUAUUAUCCUUCCAAGUUUCGCUGUGGAUUUUUGUCAUCCUCAACUUUGUGCUGAAUUCAUUUUCGAUAUUUUUUUUAGUCUUUACCUACACACGACUCGAACUAAUCUUCUUAUAUUUCAGAAACACAGGUUCAACCAAUAGUUCAUACAAUCUUCUCGAUUCUUUUUGGAUAAUGUUGAAGAUUUCUUUGGGUCAAACUCAUCAGAGUAACAAUAACUCAUCUAGAAUUUUAUUUUCAAUAUUAUUUCUCGCUUAUUUGAUAUUGAAUUCCACUUAUUUUUGUGGUUUAGCAAGCAUCAUGACAAUACCAAGGUAUGAAGAUCCUAUAGAUAGUCUUACAAGUUUGGCAAACUCGGACGUUGAAAUACGAGGUAUUUUCGAAGACUGGGUACUGUCGAUCAAAGAAAUACAUGAAGAGCCGUAUACUCAAAUUGUUGAACGUUAUAAAGCAGCUCCAAAAGACGAGCUGAGGGAGCUUUCGAAACAAGAUGAUUACGCCUUUUUUUUGGAACGUCUAUCUUAUAAUAAUUAUGGUAUAAACGAUUUCAUUAAAGAUGAUGUGAUAGAAAAUUACCAUUUAAUGAAAGGAGAUGUAUAUUGGGAAUACACGGAAUUUUUUCUAAGGAAAAGCUCUGUGCUAGCACCAAGAUUCGAUAUGUUCAUUCUGCACGUAUUGCAAUCAGGAUUACCAUCAUAUUGGCAGAAAAAGGCUGUAAAUCAUUUCAUGGAUUCCAGAGUCCAAAAAAUUGCUACUAUGAUGGAAAACGCUUUGAUAAGGCAAGAUGAAGUAGUCAAAUUGAAGUUUUCUCAUGUAGAAGGUUGUUUCGGUUUCUUAUUCAUGGGCUACUUUUUAUCCGCUACAGCUCUCAUAAUUGAAAGACUUAUGCAUUACAAUCGAGGAAGUAAAAAAGUAUUGUUUUAAGUAA